AUGAGUACUACAAAUCAGAGUACCACCCAAGGGACAGUGGUCGCCGAUGAAAAUGGCGAGUCUCUACGGCUGGAUUCAGAAUUUCAUCUGGUGUCGUCACUAGCGAAGCUGCAAGAGCUAGAGCGCAAGAUCCAUGAACUACGGGAAUUUAUGCCUCAGGGCCUUUUGGAACCCCUGGUGCCUGUUUCAAACCCAGAGAAAGUCACAGCCGACAACCCAGUCGCUGAGACGCCGCAGAUAUUCCGUGAGAAUCUGACCGAGGCUGCGCGAGCGCGCGUUGCCGAUGUUCAGAGAUUUCAGUCGCUCUGGCGGGAUUCAAAGCUGAAGCCUGUCUGGGCACAUGUUGAAUCACGCAUCAGUCAGUCUAAUGGCCAAAUUCUGCAGCCUUCAGGGAAGUGGGAGAAGGACUAUGAUGUUCUUCUUGAGGAAUUAUCAAAGAAGGAGAAGACGAAAGAGGAUGAUCGGAAGCGCGAGGAAGAAGAUGCCGAGCGUGCCAAGGCUUUCUCUACUGAGGGGGAAUGGCAGGCAGUUUUGGAGCGGUUUGUUCAGAGGAAUGUGCCCGGUGUGCGGGUUCUCAAAGGUCAGGAUGAGACUUCUUUGGCUGUGGCACUUGUUCGGGCAGGUAUUGUGUUCCAGGUCCGGGGCGUUGCUGGGCGUGAUACUCCUAUCUCUGAGUGGGAGGUCUCAAGCAAGAUUGUAGGUCGGGCGCUGACGAAAUUGGAGAAUGCCAUGUUGGACUGCUUGGGCUUGCGUCCACGGAAAUGGGAUCUUGCGUUCUUGUUGGAUAUGAUCUCUUCUUAUGCGGAUGUCAAACAGACGCCGUGUGUCAAGUGCAAUCGCUUGACCGACAGUGGCGCUCAACUCCCAACUCUCCGCCGACCUCAGCCAUACCAGCAAUCUACCGAAGGACCACGCAUUUAUACGUUCGACACUUUACAUGCAGGUUGCAUCUAG